UCCGCGUGUCGGAGCUUCUGUCCGCGGUCUCGUGGACACACCUGCUCUGUGGAUGCAGAGACACGUCGACUGAGCCGGUCAGCAUGGACGGACCGAACCGAACCGUGGACCCGAGCUGUAACAGCCAGCCGCCGCUCGCCAUCGACAUCAUCCUCCAGUUGGAGUUCUACGGCAUCAUUCUGUACUCUGUGCUCACCUUCAUGGCGACCAUGUCCAUUUUGAUCUACAUGGAAGAAUGCGUCUACAUCUAUAAGAAAGUGCUGUCCAACAAGAAGAGCGCCAUCAUCUGGGUUAACGGGGCGGCGCCGGUGAUGAGCGUGAUGUCGUGCAUGGCCAUGUGGGUUCCCAGAGCCUCCAUGUUUACUGACAUGUUCUCCGCGUGCUACUUUGCAAUUGUGGUCUACAAGUUCCUGAUCAUGAUGCUGGAGGAGAUGGGCGGCGAUGAGGCCUUCCUGCAGCGGGAGGAGACUCGCAAACUGAAGAUCAGCACGGGGCCGUGCUGCUGCUGCUGCCCCUGUCUCCCACACGUGGCCAUCACUCGGCGUUGUCUCUUUCUGCUCAAACUGGGCUCCUUCCAGUUUGCUGUCCUGAAGGUUGUCUUCACCAUCCUGUCCAUUGUCCUCUGGACCAAUGAGAACUUCAGCCUGACUGACAUUGGUAUUACAGGAGCGGUCAUAUGGAUUAACUCAUUUGUCGGGAUCCUGACCAUCAUCGCACUCUGGCCCGUAGCCAUCAUCUUCAUGCACGUGAAGGCCAUGCUGCGCCCGCUCAAGAUCAUCCCAAAGUAUGCCAUGUACCAGAUGGUGCUGGUUCUGACCCAGCUGCAGACGGCCGUCAUCAACAUCUUGGCGACGUGUGGUGUCAUCGCGUGCACGCCUCCUUUCUCUUCCACAGCCAGAGCAAACAUAAUGAGCCAACAGCUGCUGAUCCUGGAGCUGUUCAUCAUCACCUUGGUAACGCGUUUGUUGUAUCGGCGACGUUACAACCCCUUACCCAAAGACGAGGUUGGAGACAAGAUGGUGCCGCAGGAUGAUUCAUGAGUGUGUGUGUGUGUGUGUGUCUGUUCUUAGGUCUUAUGAGCACAUUUUUUUUCAUCACUUCUCACUACUUAAAAAGGCUCUGUGGGGGUUAAAUGGACCCACCCUGUUGCAUUUUGUACCAUCUUAAGCUCCGCCCAGUAGUGCCUUCAGGAUGUUCUUGAUUAGGCAAGAAGAACCAAGAUGGUUCAGGUUCUCCUCCCCAAAAUCACCUCAGCAGGUGGUUUUAACAGAUAAAAAAAAAAAAAAGACACAGGGGUCUAGAAUUAAAGUUGCUGCAAAUUUGGCAAAAAGUGUUGCAUAUUAUCGGUUUAGUUAAUCUGGUUUUAAAAAAGGUUAGUUGGCACCAUCUGUCAGGCUUCGGUAUCACGUUAUGGGGUAAUACGUAUAUGUUACGGAAUCCAAUGGACGUCGACCUCGUCUGAACUUUACUUUGGAAAUCAAACAUUCAACACUGUCAAAAUUACUUCAUUUGUAUAUUAAAUAGUUGUAAAUCUUGUGAGGAUUCCAAACGUGAACUUUUGUCUAAAACAGACGCGCUCUAACCAGCAGGAUUAAACGGCAAGUAUCAAUGACCACACGAUGCCUUCUUUGGUUAUUUUCAAUCCAGCUGUUACCAAAUAUGAGAUUAUGAAUUUUUACACAAGAGGAUUAUUUGUCAUUGUUCACUUUCAUACCGCUAGGUGGUAGUAGAACACAUUUUUCUGCAGGAAGGCGUUGCGCCAACAACCGACAACUGGUGCUGAAUUGGACCAGAUACUGGCUUCUCUCUCCUAGCCUGUGAUUGGUUGGUGGCCGAGACGCACUUUGGUGUUGCGUGAGCGCUACUCACCUAUUGGUCGUUCAGGAGUGGGUAAUCUCACUCCAAGAUGGAGGCCAGUAUCGGCCCAAUUCAUGGCCGGGCCGCAAUCUUGUGAAUAUCAACUGAACCAGUUACUUUGCUGUGAUUCAUGGGAGGUCAAAACAAAAGUUUCUAUAAAAUGAAGUGUGUACUCAAUUUUCAACUCUUUUUUUUUUAUAUUCUCCAACUUGAAAAAUUUAAAGUACAUCAAAAUUUAUUAACGUGUAAAUGACAUUACUUUUAUUUGGAAAAAUUAUUUAAUGUGUACUUUGUCAAAGAUAAAUAACAGGACUAACCUGAAGUGAGAUUUUUCAGCUCAAUAUGAGCUCCAGCUCUCUCUCUCUCUCUCUCUCUCUCUCUCUCUCUCUCUCUCUCUCUCUCUCUCUCUCUCUCUCUCUCUCUAUAUAUAUAUAUA